UUUUGUCAACAAUUAAACGAAACGUCAGAAGAGAGACGGGUUGCAACGUUACCAGUGGGCUCGGGGAGUGAUCGGUGCAAAAAUGUUUGAAAAUGGAAAUCCGGAGAUGGCAACUCUACGUGGUUAUUAAUUGUGUCAUCGUAACGCACUUAGUAGCUAAGCCCGUCUCGCUGAAUGAGCUUAUCGCCGCUGAGAGCAAACAAAAGCUGGAGCAACAUACUAAACCCACAGGCAACUCAGCAACCAAGCGCGGCGUACAGACCGUGUCCCUCAAUGAACUUAUUGCUGCAGAAAGUAAACAAGAGCGACGGGAAAAUACAUCUAAACUUACCAAAUCAGCAACCAAGCGCAUAAAGACCGUGUCACUGAAUGAACUCAUUGCUGCAGAAAGUAAACAGGAAAAGAAGUCUCAGAAUACUAAAUCAGGUGUAGCGCUCUCGACAAAGCCCUCCACAAAAGAAAGUUCGCCAUCAGAAUCACGACAAAAUUUGGAAAAAACACGUUUGCCUAAAAUAUUUGCUAAAAAACCGCGAAGAAAAAUAUUCUCCCUGAAAGAUUUGUUCGCUACAGAAAAAUCUUCAGCCAAGGACAGAAUAGAAAGCCUUUUAUCGAAGACACCGGGCGGGGGGCUUCGGUUGCAUCGUAGCAAAUUUCUGCCAACCUUAUCUCAUAAACCCUUCGAGUCAGCAGAAAAUAUAUUCUCACUGGCCAGGACAAUAUCACCUCUGAAAUUCAGAAAGAGGUUCGAAAUAAGGUCUCCUCUGAAACCAAAAAAGAUUAAAUACUCCUUCACGCCCCGUCUCAAGCGUAGAAACCAAUCAACGAAGCGGGAAGCUGAUGAAAAUGCAGUAUUCAAUCACCGGUACAUACCUCUCAUUAAACGGAUUGGUUUACUUGUGGAUGGUAUUCUUUCCCCUGACUCUAGCGAGUCUAUCGAGCCCGUCCGCCGUAGAAAACCAAGACGCAAUCCAAAAUUACCAGGAAAACACGCCGACCUUGCAUCCUCAGAAUCUAAGCCGCAGAAAAAGACAGUUACUGCUCCCACUACUGUCCCCCCGGAGACCCCUGACACCCAGGAUCCCACGACUGAGACUCCCGACACCACAACCUAUACUACUCCCUUUAGUGACGUCUACACUCUCCGACCAGAUACGGACCUACCAUUACCAUCUACAAGAAAUACCAGCAGCAAUCGGAGAGACGAUAAUGGAGUCAGUGAGAGAAGCAGCACCCCAUUUCACGGAGACACUGAGAGACAUAUCGCCAGGAAUAAUGGAAGUGAUGAAUAUAAUCCCAGCGGACGAAAACAAACCUAUUCACCAUCUAAUGAGGAAGAUUCCUGUAGCCCUACACGAGUCGAUAAAUGCCGCGAUGGAUACAGUACCGGAACCCGAUAUCGAAACAACAUCAACAAAACAGAAGAGGAAACAGAAAACUCAACCCACAGCUUCGUCAGAGGAAAUGACACUGACACAAAAGCUACGCUCCAAAUUAGAGGGGAAACGCUACAAAUACCAAGAGACGUACGAAGAUUACCAAGACUACCCGAUAAAGUCUUUAUUGUUGACGCAGAACCCGUACCGGCCCAAAAAUCUGGUGAAGAAAGCUUCGUCGAUGUCGCACACGAUCACGCCAGUGCUGAACGAGGGCCUGACGGGAAUGGCACAGCUCCCGCAGAAGAUCAAAGACUUCGUCAAGUCAUUCAAGGAUUGAUACCGAUCAACGAUAUCCUUGACCCUAAUUUUCUGAAUCAACGUACCCAAGACAAUCAUGUUGUGGCCAUUUUUGAUGGAUAUAGCGUGGCUAGGGAUAUUAAUGGUAGGAAUAAGCUUACAGAGAAAUCGAUCCGAAUUAGUCCUAAUUAG